UUCUUAGUUUGUGAGUGGUGUUGAAACCGAGGCUGCGACGUCAUGCUCUAAACUCACAACCUCACCCCGAGAGAGAGAGCGAGAGAGAGCGAAGCGCAGCUUCAGAGAGAGACAAACAGAUUGAAGCUACGGAGAGGGAACUUGUCUGUUGACACUGAUUACUGAAACACUGCAUGAUGCGUGAAUACAAGUUGGUAGUUCUUGGCUCAGGUGGUGUUGGAAAAUCUGCUCUGACCGUACAGUUUGUUCAAGGAAUAUUUGUUGAAAAAUAUGACCCCACAAUAGAGGACUCGUACAGAAAGCAAGUUGAAGUAGAUGGACAGCAGUGUAUGCUUGAAAUCCUCGACACGGCUGGAACGGAACAAUUCACGGCGAUGAGGGACCUAUACAUGAAAAACGGUCAGGGCUUUGCGCUAGUGUAUUCCAUAACCGCACAGUCCACGUUUAAUGACCUACAGGAUUUGAGAGAACAGAUUCUCAGAGUAAAAGACACUGAUGACGUGCCAAUGAUCUUGGUUGGCAACAAGUGUGAUUUGGAAGACGAGCGGGUGGUCGGGAAGGAGCAAGGACAGAACCUGGCAAGACAGUGGAACAGCUGCGCCUUCCUAGAGUCCUCAGCAAAGUCAAAGAUUAAUGUGAAUGAGAUCUUCUAUGACCUGGUUCGGCAAAUCAACAGGAAAACCCCAGUACCGGGGAAAGCACGCAAAAAGUCAACAUGUCAGCUGCUUUAAUGUACAGAUGUGCUGUAUCUCUGAGCCAGGUCUGAUAAACUGUUGUCUGUUCAACAGUGCCAGCAUUCCAACUUUACUAAACCCAACAUCAAAUGGACUUUCCUGUGGUGAUGCCCUUUAACAAAUGGAUUAAAGCUACUGCGUCAGUUUUUGUACAUAGAUAACUGUAAUCACUCUCCAGUAUCACAAGAAAGAGAUUUUUACUUGUAUAUAAAUAUAUUCUAACUGUAUGCAACUGAAAAAAAAGAUAGAGCCUACACCCAGUGUUAUUGCUGAUGGAGACACUCCGUUUACCAAUGUUGUAAAUGUAAGAAACUGAUGUAUAACAUGCUGAACACUGUGCCCAGUUUUCUGCCGCAGGUAUUAUGAUGUAAUAUUGAGAAGCACCACUAUUUUAGCAAAAUAAAAGUGAAAGUCCAAAGAGCUCCUAUUUAGACAAUUUCAUACAGCUAACUUUGGUAUUUGUAGUUUAUAUAUAUAUAUAUAUAUAUAUAUAUAUAUAUAUAUAUAUAUAUAUAUAUAUAUAUAUAUAUAUAUAUAUAUAUAAAUAUAAAAAAAAUAUGAGAUACUAGAUUAUUCCUGUUUUGUUGUACCAAGAUACAUUAUUGCAACAGCUGUUAAUAUGAUUUUAUCUUGGGGGGGAACCUGUGGAAACCGUGAUUUUCUGUGUAUGGAAAAAGUAAUGGUUUUCUGUCACUAUUAUGUUGUCUUUAGCCUGAGAUGUUGCCUUCAAAUAUGUGUAAGUUAUCAGGAGAAACAAAAAAAAUAAUGUCAACCUUUUGUCACCUUUUUUUUAUUAUUAUUAUUAUUAUUAUUAUUAUUAUUAUUAUUAUUAUUAUUAUUAUAUAAUUAUGAUGUUUACAUAGGUAACCAUGUUUAUAGAUGUCUGAGGGGGAUCUACAACAGGAAGUAUAUAUUUUAAAAUGAGUUUUUUUUUUUGUUUUUUUUUUUUUUUUUUAAAGAAUGAUUUAAACCAUUUAGUUUGUAAAACCAAUCUUCACGCUUCUUUCUGCAGCUGUAGAUUCUCACUGUAAAUCCCCUGCUUGCUCAUGCAUCUGUUGUAAUUGAGAAAAAAACCAAAUAUACCAACUAGUUAGUAAAAUUGCCUGUUAGUAAUUUCUGUUUCACAUGUGUAAUAUUUGGGUUGAAAUGUUUCUUGGUGAACGAGUACUGUGGAUGUCAGUGGUGAAUGUUGGAACUAAAAUUUGAACUGCGUGUAAUUUGGUUACAGGGCGCAAGCUGCAGUAUGUUUAACACUCUUGUGGAUGUAUUUAAGAAUGCCUUGUUGCUUUGUGUGCAUUAACUCCUGGAUGUAAAGAUCAUGUGUAUAUCCAGUCCAGAGCCACAGUAUUUGUAAUGCAACAUCUGCUUUGAGGUGGCCAAAUGUAAACUAAAAAGCCUUAAUUAAAAGUGGUGCAAUUUUGUAUAACCUAGCAUCCGUAGUUCAGUAGAUGUGGAUUGCCAUGCAAGGGCUUGCAGUAAAGAUUAUCUGCCACUUGAAUGUUUUGUGUAUUGUUUUAACAGUGCUAGGAAAUAAAUAUUGGUUUAACUUUUUUAAAUCUAAUACUUGUGUGCAUUCUACAGUGGGUGACAGGUACUGUGUGGUAAAACAAAUGUAUGCAUUACAUGUUUCUUCCUAUGUCAUGCACAAAGACUAGUGUUCCCUCGUGGCUUUAAAAUAGGAUAAUUCACUAAUUUGGUCAAUUGCUAAUUUAAUGUCCUUGAUUUAUAUAUAAUUUUUUUUUUUUUUUUUUUAAGAUGGUUUUAUAAUCAUGUUCCAUCAUUUUACCUAAUUUUAUUAGUUAAAUUCACUAUAAGGAUUUUUGCAAACCUGCGAAUCAUCAGAUGACUUUCUCAGCUGCUUCUCAAGUUGAAUCCUCUUUGAUUGCUGCAGCCUCCUAUGGCAGUAUAAACUGUAUCCUGUGCUUAUGGGGGUGCAGUAAUGUUAUUAAUAAUGGUGUUUAUUUGGAGAGUUUUCAUUGCAUAGCACUUGCUUAUGUGCAAAAACUGAACAUAACUUGCUUUCAGUUGCAGUAACUAAAAUCGAGUAUUGUAUGGGGGGGGGACUCGCCCAACAAUUUCUGAGAAAUGACCUGACAAUCACUCCUCCUUCAGUACUGAGAACUCAGACUUGGUAGACCAGUGACUGGACAUGACAGGUCCUUUCUCUAGAAUAAUUACCAUUUGCUUUCCUAAGCAUUUGGUUGGUGGUUUAUGUAGGCAGUUCUUCCAAUAGAUACCCACAGUAUGCUUUCAUGUCUUUGAUUUUUUUUCCAUAAUCAAAUCUUUAUAUUUACUGAGGUAGGUUGCCAAAAAACACUGGCACUAAUCCACAUCACUUUUUAAUAUGUAUUAGAAUGAUUUGAACAUGAGAUGUUUUAAUCUAAGUGCACUGUAUAUUCUGUGUAAAUAUUUUAAAUAAAAACAAAUCCAAAAUUUGA